AUGCAAGAUGACGGUUGCGAGUACACGGUCUUGGUCAAGACCGGGUUCGAAACAGGCGAACCGGAAUCUACCAUGAGUCUGAAGCUCCAUCACGCUAAUGGAGAGAUUCGGAAUAUAAACAAACUAACAUCUUGGGUUGGCCCAAUGGGCCUAGACAUUUUGAAUGGAAGAGCCGAGUCUUUAAGUGAGCCUAUCUACGCCAUGAACCUGACCUCAAAUGGGCUGAGUAUUAGGCCCCCGGCCUGGUACUGCAACUACGUGGGUUUGCAUGUAAUGUUGCCGAGCGGAGCGCACAACCGCUGCAUGGGAUUGACAGAGGUAUAUAAAAUGGAAGUGUUACUAGAUCGUGAUACGACACCGUUUCAGCUCUAUGAGCAACAGGUUUCCAUUAGGAUUAAUCCACCAAAGGAUCAGUAUCUUCUUACCAGUUUCCAUCUUCUUUUGACUCCCAUGACGUCUACAGCUGAUGAAGACUUGAACGUCAGUGGCGACAGCUAA